AUGGAAGCAACUCCGAUGGAAGCUCGACAAAUUUAUUCAAGCCAAAAAGAAGUAAUGAAGAAAAUAGCUGAAUUUUCAGGAGAAGCUGAUGAAAUCGAUAUUGAUGAAUGGAUUUUUGAUUUAAAUAAUUUAUUUUCAUUAAUGAAAUUAAAAGAUGAAACAAAAAUUAUUGAAACAAUGGGCAGAUUAACAGGACCAGCCUUACGAUGGUAUCAAGAAAACUUAAGAUCAUUCAUUAAUUGGAAUGACACUGAAAAAGCCUUACGAGAUCGAUUCAAAGAAUUUACAUCAGAUAGUCAAUUAAUGCAAGAAUUUUUUUAUAUUCGUCAAGAAGAAAACCAAUCUGUUAUAUCAUUUUAUGAAAAUGUUAUGCGAAAAUAUAGAAAAUCUCGACAAUUUAUUACUGAACAACAAGUUAUUACAGUAUUACAAAAUGGUGUUAAAAAUUCGUUAAAAGAAUAUUUAAUUCGUAAUGAAAAAGAAAUUAAGAAACCAGAAGAAUGGCUACAAGUUGCCAGAGAAGAAGAAUAUGUACAGAAGCGAAUUCAACAACAACGUAAUGGUUUAUAUUCUGAAACAAAAAAUAAAACAUUUUUCGAAUCUAUAUUACCAACUGCAACAAUACAACCAACAUCAUCGAAUAUUCAAUCGUCGAGUCAACAGCCCUAUACAUCACGUCAUUACUACAAACAACAACAUCAACAACUACCAUCAUUAACAAACAAUCGAACACAUCCAAAACAAAAUAAGUUUACAAAUCCUCAACAACAUCGAGAAAAUUAUCCAGAAAAUAAAAUACGAAAAUCCAAUCCAUGUUUGAUUUGCAAUAAAAACAAUCAUGCAACAAUCAAAUGUUUUUAUAAGAAGAACAACGGCUGUUUUAAAUGUGGACAAUCAAAUCAUCAAAUACCAAAAAAGUCAUCAACUACAACAGCAUUUAAUCCCAUUUUUGUUAAAAUAUUAUGCAACAACACUCCACAAGAAGCAUUGAUUGAUACAGGAUCAGCCAUCACAAUCAUACAUCAAAAUUUAUUAAAUAAAAUUUCACACAAAAAAUUUACAUCAACAACGAAAAAUCAUUUAUCAGCCAAUUGUUCAACAUUAAAUAUUAUUGGAGAAAUACCAUUAGAAAUCAAUAUUAAUGGAAUUAAAACAACAGUAAUUGCGGAUGUUACAACAAAUCUUGUUACGAAUUUAAUAUUAGGAAGUGAUUGGAUUCAAUCAAAUAAUGUUUACAUCCUUACACCUGAACAACGAAUUAUGAUCCGAAGUCGAGGUAAAGAAGUAUCAACUCCUUUUGUAAAACCACCUCUUUUAAACUAUCCAGCUACUCUUAUUAAUCAUAUUACUCUUCCUCCUUUUUCAGAAAAAAUAGUAGAAGCACAAGUUCAACAUAAAAAUAUGACUGAUGUAUUAUUUGAACCAAAUUCUCGAUUAAACAACAAAGCAUUAUUUACUGCAAAUGCAUUACUCAAUAUUGAAAAUAGAACGAUAAAAAUUAGCAUAAUUAAUGCAACGAACCGGCAACAAACACUUUCCGAAGGAACCAAAUUAGGUAUAGUGACACAAUUAUCUUCUACAAUUGGUGUUACCAUAUCAUCGGAUCAGUUUAAGGAACGCAUUCCAAAAGGAAAAGCGUGUAAGGUGCUCAUUCCUGAAGGGAAAGGAGCGAAUACGUCGAAUAAAUUAAAUUUUAACAACUUGCCAACUACAGCGUUAUAUGGACAACAACAUCAAUGUCGUAAAUGUUAUCAACAUUUUGAUACUAGCAAUGAAUUAUUCAAGCAUCUUAGAAACCAAUGUUAUCCUGAAGAAAUAAGACAACAAAUAAAUAAAUUAAUUGAACAUAUUAGCGAUGAUAAACAACGAGAACAAAUCUUAAAAAUUUUAUGGAAAUAUGGAAAAUUAUUUGACAUUAAUCAAGAAACCUUAAGAAAAGAAACAGAUAAACUGUUAAAAAAUGGAAUUAUUGAACACUCAACAUCACCAUGGUCUUCACCAGUCGUUUUAGUAAAAAAGAAAGAUGGAACAACAAGAUUUUGUGUCGAUUAUCGUCGUUUGAAUCAAAUUACAACAAAAGACGCUUUUCCCCUACCAAGAAUCGAUGAUAUUUACGAUCAAUUAACAAAAGCAACAUAUUUUACGAAAUUUGAUUUUAAAGCUGGAUAUUUUCAAGUACCAUUAGACAAAUUAGAUCGACCAAAAACAGCAUUUUCAACUCGAGAUGGGCAUUUUCAAUUUAAAGUGUUACCACAAGGUCUUACUAAUGGACCACCAACAUUUCAACGUAUUGUUAAUCAAAUAUUAGGUCCAAAUAGAUGGAAGCAUGUACUUGCCUAUAUUGAUGACAUUAUUAUUUACUCACAAAAUUUUAAUGAACAUUUAAAACAUAUUGAAGAAGUAUGUUCAUUAUUACAUGAAGCAAAUUUUAAAUUAAAUGUCGAUAAAUGCGAAGUNCCCUGUUUAAUAAUCAAGAUACAGAGAUCACGAUAUGAAUGA